AUGCCGACUUUCGUGCCGAAGCUCUCUGGCCAGCUGCACCAGAGCAGCUUGAGGAUCACCCGCUCGUCACACCGGUCGCCCUCGGAGAAGUACCAGGUGGGUGCAAGUGCCGUGGUCGCAGCUCUUGAUCUCCUCUAUGGAGAACACUUGCUGCGUCACCAACUGACCCGUGCGUUUGAUCGCUACCGGGGUAUGGCUGCUUUGGCCGCCCUACGAUGCUUCCGGGGAGGACGCAGCUCUUCCUUGGAGAUGCUUCCGGGCUUUGGAGGGCCCUUGGACGCCGAGGCGAUGUCUCAACUGGACCUCCUGAGGCUUGAUGCUCCUUGGCUCUCGCAGGCGCGCUACCUGGCACGUCGGGCUGGUCCUUUGGUGGCCGGUGCUAAGCCUGCAGCGAAAGGCUUGACAUCCUGGACUGCUGAGCCAUCUCUUUCGCGAGGGCGGACCCAAGGCUAUCAACGAGGCAGCCCUGAUACAGAGCUGCUGCAUGCAGUGUUAGCUGAACAUGAUCGCUCAACACAUGCUGAGCGACAAGCCUUGGUGAAAGUGCUUCAACAGCUGGUUGGAAAAGAGUCAAAAGUGCUGGGUUCAAAAGUCACGAGUCAAGCUGGUGGAUGUGAUCCAAGUAUACAUACAUAUAACCAUAUAUAUAUACAAUUAUAUGUAUAUAUCCAAGUAAGAUGCAUUGACGUUGCAGGGUGA